AUGGUUGCGGAGGCCAUCGCACAGACCACCUCAGUGCUGAACUUCAGCGGACACCAGCAUCUGAGACAUCGUCUCGUUCUCUCGAUACUCAGUGGAAAGCCUGUCAAAGUUGACAAAAUCCGACCAGAGGACAAAAACCCAGGCCUCAGAGAUUAUGAGGUUAGCCUCUUGCGGCUCUUGGAAAGAGUAACGAAUGGCACUGUCAUAGAGAUAUCCGUCACGGGUACUGCUAUUCUCGUGAAACCAGGAAUCAUUGAAGGAGGUCCUGUCACGCAUGACUGUCCACUCUCACGCUCAGUGGGAUACUUCCUCGAACCGAUCAUCAUGCUCGCGCCCUUCUCGAAGAAGCCCUUCCAAGUAACACUGCGGGGGAUCACGUCUGAUGAUAUGGAUCUUUCUGUCGACCUCAUCCGCACUGUGACACUCCCGUACUUACAAUUGUUCGGCAUUUCUGACGGCUUGGAACUCAGGAUUAAAAAACGCGGCAGUCCACCAUUAGGCGGUGGUGAAGUGCAGUUCCUGUGCCCGUUAGUGAAGCAGGUGAAGACUUUGAACUUUGUCGAACGGGGCAAGAUCAAGCGGAUCCGAGGUAUCUCACAUGCUGUACGCGUCAAUCCACAGUUUUCGAAUCGUAUGAUCGAAGCCGCGCGAUCCGUGCUGAACCGCUACAUUCCCGACAUCUAUAUUUAUUCUGAUGUUUACAAGGGAGAGGACAGUGGAAAGUCUCCAGGAUACGGUCUUUCACUCCUCUCAGAAACCACCACGGGCGCAAUACACUGUGCGGAGGCCAUGUCCAAGCCAGGCGUCGCCCCAGAAGACAUUGCGUUGCUUGCGUCGCGUGCCCUCCUGUCCGAAGUUCACAGAGGGGGGUGUGUGGACAGCAAUCAUCAAGUGCUCGUCCUGCUCAUGAUGGUGCUCGGUAGCGAAGAUGUCGGGCGGUGUAGGAUGGGCGAACCGACUGAGAGAACCAUCCAAUUCUUACGCGACGUGAAGACAUGUUUCGGCACGACCUUCAAAAUCAUCCCGGCAGAUCCUGCGGACCCGGAGUGCUCAGAUUACAUGUUCUCAUGCUAUGGCACAGGAUAUAUGAAUGCAAACAGGACGCUCUCAUAA